AGUAACUUUAGGGACAGUGCGUGAAGAGGAUGUGUUGCUCGCGUGCAAUUUAAACGCCAAAAAAUGCAGUGGUGAAUGCAGGAUUACAUAAAUGAGAGAAAGGAAACAGACACGAAAAAAUGGAGAUAGAGGAAAAUGAAAAAAAAUCGAGUGUAAAAUGUGAACCCGUUGAAAAGAAGGAAAACUGAGUCACAAGUAAACAAAGCGAAGUGUAAACAAUAGAAUGAACUUUCCCGCCAAAAAAGAAAGAAAAAUAUAAACAAAGCAACUGGGAAACAAAGGAAAGACUGAAAUAAAGAAAUUAAUGCAAGACAAUAAAGAAGAAAGGAAAAAUAGAUAGAAAUUGAAUGAAUAAAACCAAUAAAAGAGAUAGAACACUAAUGAUAAAAGAAAGGAAAGAAUGAAUACGAGGAAAAUAAAAUAGAAACAGGAAGCAAACGGAACAAAUAUUGAAACUGAAGAAAAAAGAAAAUUGGAACUGAUUGAAGAAAACGAAGAUAAAUUUAGUAAGUUUGUGAAGGAAGCAACGCAAGGAAGCAACACAGACAUAGACGAAUAAUACGGAGAUGAGUGAAUGAAUUUAAACUAAACACAAACACACAUAGGAAGACACAGAGGAAAGAUAAAUAGACAAGUUUGAAAAUGAGAUAAGAACACUGAUAAAAAUACGAAGAUAGGAAUUUGAAAAGUGUGCGAAUAAAUUAGAACAAAAAAGAAAACAAGGUAAAGAAAUUAAGAAGUCUAUGAAUGAAAUGAACUAAAAAGAAAUAAUUGAUACAGGAACGAAAAUUAUAACAAAAAUAGAACAGAACAGAAAAAAAAGACGAGGAGAAAAUUUAAAUUGUCUAUGAAUGAAUGAAGUGAAAUAAAACACAUACAAAAACUACAAUUUUAAGAGUAGAAGGGAAGAAACCUAACCUAAGUAACAGAAAACGGGAAACUAACACGUAUUUCUGAAUGAUAAACUAAACUAAACCCACAAAAACCAUUAAAACCCCAGAAACGAACAGACUGAUACAGAAACGUUAAUAUAAACAAACGUAACCUAAGUAAAAGAAAACGGGGAAUUAACACGAAUUUCGAAUGACAAACUAAACUAAACCAAUAUAAACCAGAAAAUUUAUACAAAAAAACGAGAAUAUAAAUAAUAACUGAAAAAAUCUAACCUAAGUGAAAGAAAACGGAAGAUUAACAUUUUGAACAGCAUAAGAAAAAAAAAGACUAACGUAAUUUAAUAGAAAACGGGAAAUUAACACAGAUUUCGAAUGGCAAACUAAACUAAACUCACAAAAACAAUAAGAAACCCAGAAACAGACCAGUAGACAUUGCGUGCGUUGAGUUAGUGAGUUUUGCGAGCUACUGAGCACCUCCCAUCAUGUCCUGUGUGAUGGGGCUUGGCGGGGGAGGAUUGGGGGAGGGGGGGUGCCCUGAUACCCCCUCGCCAAAUGGGAAAAUUGAAAUACUGCAAGAUCUUGACCUCUACUACAUCAGACAGCUCGCCCAUAACUUCAAGGAGUAUGACUUGGAGCAGAGAAUAGCGCUGGAAAUCAAGAUGAGAGAGGGCACCACCAAGCUCCUCGCAGCGUGUGGCGGGGCGGGAGGCAGCGGGCGCACCACCAACCUGCCACACACUCUCGAGGCCGCCAAGAACCUCCUCACCUCCAACGAGCGUAUGACAGCGUACAUGGCGGAACUGCAGCGGCGACGGGCAUCUCCGCAAGUGGUUCCGCAGGGGUCACAGCCUUCCCUGGCCCGUGUGUGCCUGUCUGACCUGCGCAUGCCUCUCAUCUGGAAGGACAGCGAUCAUUUCAAGAACCGUGGUGACUACAGAAGGUUCGCAGUGUUUGUCCUGCUGAAGAUUGGCACUGAGAUUUAUGACACAGUGAUGGUGAACCCGAUCGAUCGCUCCAUGACGGACAUUUGCUUCGAUGACAUUAUUGUGUUCAACAACAUCCCAGCCAGCUUUGAGUGCAAGAUGGAGGUGUAUAGCCACGUCCUGCAGAAUGACCUCACCAUGGCCAGCACACCACGUAAACUGAAGCGCUCCCUACACUCGUCCAUCUCCCGCACCGUUGGAAGGAAGCUGGCCGCCACUCUCCGCGACGAACUGGCUAAUGGAGAAAUGGGCCCCAAGUUUGAUCUCGUAGCAACCUCUACCCUGACCCUGGAACAUGUAUCCAACAACACCGCGACCUUUGACCUCAAUAUGGAGAAUUUGGAGAACCAUGCAAGUCAGCUGCCUCUGUUUGGCCACUUCUGCUGUCGCCUCGCCGCCCAGCCUGACUGUGCCACCCAAGAGCGCAUCUGUGGCCUUGCUGUGGUGCAGGAGGAGCCCCAACAGCAGCAGUGGUGGUGCAGAGUGCUGGGCUGGCAGCUGGAGGUGUGGCCCAACAAGGAGGAGGCGCAGCUGUCCCUCCACCACCCUCGCUCCCUCACAGUUGACAGAAACACAGAGGUGACACAGGAAGGCGCCCAGAUCCGAGUGAACAACCCCAGUGGCUACGCACGUGGGCACCUCACACUGACGCUGGAGAGCCCUGAGGAGGCGGGGGUGUGGGUGGGGUGUCUGAGGCAGCACGCAGAGGACCACAGGCUCUGGGGGGCUGCAGCGGAGGAGGACAUGGAGAUACUGACACCACAGCCGGCCAGACACAACUUCCUUCUCCCACGUCGAAGUCGGUUUGCUUCUCUCUAUGAGGAGACGCCACUUAGAGCAGAUGGCUCUCCAGUAUCCGACAAGUCCUCUCUAGACGACAUUUACACUUCAUCUGGGUUUGUGAGCAACUACUGUACCCCGGCACCUUCCCUUCCCCCAAGAACCCGCGCCCUUACACUCUCCUCCCGUGGCUCCUUCAGGCGCUGGGGGUCUGUGAGAUGCAAUAUGCCGUUUUUCAAGAGCAAGAGUUAAUUUCCUGGGUGUUUGUGGGGUAUUUGUGGGUAUUUGGCAGCUCUCAAAGGGGUUAAGGAGGAGGAGGAGAAGAGGUACAGGGCUGUCUUUGUGUUCUGGGUGUGUUUGGGUUUAAGUUAAGUGUUGGGUGUGUGAGGGAGAAGGAAUUAUUGAGGUUUAAGGAGAGGGAUUUGGGAGAAUGAAGGAGAAAUAGUGAGUUUUUAGACGACUGAAGAGAGAGUGAGAGUUGAAGUUAUAGAGAGAGGGAAAUAUAAGUUUGAGAGAAGGAAAGGAGUGGUGAAAGUUUAAGAUGAAUGAGAAGAAUGAAGAAGAAAGACAAAUUUUAAAGAAGGAAAGAAAUUAUGAACAUUUUAAAGAGAAAUAUUAGAAAUUUUAGUGGAAGAGAAAAAUGAAGGAGAAAUAAUGGAAAUUUUAUAAAAGGAAAGAAAUAUUAUAAAUUUUUGAGAAAGAAGAAAUAAUAAAAAUUCUAAGAGAGAGAGAAAUGUUAAAAUAGGGAUAGAUAUUAGAGAAAGAAGUAGAGAAUGUGAGAAAAUUGUAGAGAGUGAAGAAUAUAGAGAAGAAGAGAAGAUAAAUGUGCUAGAAGUAUAAUUAAAGAAAGUAAGAAAUGUAUAGCAGAGAGAGUUACUGAAAGAGGAGGAGGAGCAAAGAGAAUGAGAGAAGGAUGUGUAGAAGAAAGAAGAGAUGAAUGUGAAAAAAUAUGAAAGAAGAAUAUAGAAUUAGAAGGAACAAGUGAAGAACAAAAUAUAUAGGAGGAGAAAGAGAGAGAGAAGAGAAAAUGAAGAUACAGGAGAAAGGAAGAAGAGGAAGAUAAAAUAAAAAUGUGCCAAUAAAAAGAUGAUAAAUAGAGAAGAAAUGAAGAAAGGAGGAAUAAGAACAUGAUAUUAUUUAGACAUGGGUAGAAAUAAUAAUGAUAAAACUU